AUAUUCAAUUUCUGCAUCUCUGUGUUUCUACAAACCCUAGAAUUUACUCUCUACAAUUACCACUAUUCUCUCCCUCGAAUUUUCGCCCGAUCCAGACAUGGAGAUGGAACGCGUCACUGAACUGACUAUGGAUCGACGGCCGAGGAAAAGACAGCGUUUGGGAUGGGAUGUUCUUCCUCAAGCACCGAAGGCUCAGCUAGGAUUGUUUUCUGCACAAGAGAUUGGGAAUCUGACAAGCUUUGCAUCUCCAAGAGUAUUCCCCGACCAUCCUAGUUCUCUCUUUGUUAAGGGAUUGGCUCAAAAUGCUUCUCCACCAUGGCGUGAGGAUGACAAAGAUGGCCAUUAUAUGUUUGAGAUUGGAGAUAAUUUAACUCCCCGCUAUAAGAUCAACAGCAAGAUGGGUGAAGGCACUUUUGGGCAGGUUUUAGAAUGCUGGGAUAGAGAGAAAAAGGAAAUGGUAGCCAUUAAAAUUGUUCGCGGUAUUAAGAAGUACCGCGAAGCUGCGAUGAUUGAGGUAGAAGUGCUCCAACAGCUUGGUAGACAUGACAAGGGAGGCUCUCGUUGUGUUCAAAUACGGAACUGGUUUGACUAUCGUAACCAUAUCUGUAUUGUGUUUGAGAAGCUUGGGCCAAGCUUAUAUGAUUUCCUACGCAAAAACAAUUAUCGAUCAUUUCCCAUUGAUCUUGUCCGUGAGAUUGGAAGACAACUGUUGGAAUGUGUAGCAUUUAUGCAUGAUUUGCACCUCAUCCACACGGACUUGAAGCCCGAAAAUAUUCUUCUGGUCUCACCAGAUUACUUAAAAGUUCCUGAUUACAAGGUAGUUUCAUCAAGGUCUCCCAAGGAUUCGUACUACAAGAGGGUACCAAAGUCUAGUGCGAUCAAAGUAAUAGAUUUUGGUAGCACGACCUACGAGAGGAAAGCCCAAUCAUACAUUGUAUCCACUCGACAUUAUCGAGCUCCGGAAGUCAUUCUAGGCCUUGGAUGGAGCUACCCGUGUGAUAUAUGGAGCGUCGGCUGUAUUCUUGUCGAGCUUUGCUCGGGCGAAGCAUUGUUCCAAACGCACGAGAAUCUCGAGCACCUUGCAAUGAUGGAGAGAGUGCUCGGCGCGUUACCACAUCACAUGCUGAAAAAAGCCGACCGACAAGCUGAGAAGUAUGUAAGAAGGGGCCGGUUAGACUGGCCGCAGGGCCCUACGACUAGGGACAGUAUCAAAGCUGUUCAGAAAUUGCCGAGGCUGCAAAACAUGAUAAUGCAGCACGUAGACCACUCUGCGGGCGACCUAAUUCACCUCUUGCAGGGGCUUCUCAAAUAUGACCCGGCUGAGAGGAUGUCGGCCCGGGAUGCCCUCAGACAUUCUUUUUUCACUAGGGAUCAUAUAAGGCGCAGCUGAGGAUUUGUCGUCGUGUAUUUAAGGUAGAAAUGACCGUAAUCAUCUCUUACUCGUCAUCUACUCACUUGGUUGUUUGUACAUAAAUCAAUAUUAUUAUAUUAUUAUUAUUAUUAUUGUUAUUUGUUAAAUGGAGAUAAGGUGACGACUUCAUCUA